CAAUGAUCCAGAAUGUCGGAAAUCACCUGCGAAGGGGCCUGGCCUCCGUGUUCUCCAACCGUGCAUCCCGGAAGUCGGCCUCACGCACUGAGAACAACAACAUGGCAGAGGACGAAGGCUACCGGAACCCCACGGAGGUGCAGAUGAGCCAGCUGGUGCUGCCCUGCCACACCAACCAGCGCGGCGAGCUGAGCGUCGGGCAGCUGCUCAAAUGGAUUGACACCACCGCCUGCCUGUCCGCGGAGAGGCAUGCUGGCUGCCCCUGCGUCACAGCCUCCAUGGACGAUAUCUAUUUUGAGCACACCAUUAGUGUUGGACAAGUGGUGAAUAUCAAGGCCAAGGUGAACCGGGCCUUCAACUCCAGUAUGGAGGUGGGCAUCCAGGUGGCCUCUGAGGACCUGUGCUCUGACAAGCAGUGGAGCGUGUGCAAGGCCUUGGCCACCUUUGUGGCCCACCGGGAGCUCUCCAAGGUGAAGCUGAAGCAGAUCACGCCGCGGACCGAGGAGGAGAAGACAGAGCACAGCGUGGCAGCCGAGCGCCGGCGCAUGCGGCUGGUCUACGCAGACACCAUCAAGGAGCUCCUGGCCAGCUGCGUCAUUCGGGAUGAUCUGGAGAGCAGAGACUGUAGUCGCAUGGUGCCCGCCGAGAAGACCCGAGUGGAGAGUGUGGAGCUGGUCCUGCCCCCACACGCCAAUCACCAGGGCAAUACUUUCGGGGGCCAGAUCAUGGCCUGGAUGGAGAACGUGGCCACCAUUGCAGCCAGCCGGCUGUGCCGUGCCCACCCUACGCUGAAGGCCAUUGAGAUGUUCCACUUCCGGGGACCGUCCCAGGUUGGGGACCGCCUGGUGCUGAAGGCCAUCGUGAACAACGCUUUCAAGAACAGCAUGGAGGUGGGCGUGUGUGUGGAGGCCUACCGCCAGGAGGCCGAGACCCAGCGGCGGCACAUCAACAGCGCCUUCAUGACCUUUGUGGUCCUGGAUGCAGAUAACCAGCCUCAGAUGCUGCCCUGGAUUCGGCCCCAGCCUGGGGAUGGCGAGCGGCGGUACCGAGAGGCCAGUGCCAGGAAGAAGAUCCGCCUGGACAGGAAAUACAUCGUGUCCUGUAAGCAGGCGGAGAUGCCCCUCUCUGUCCCCUGGGACCCUAGCAACCAGGUGUACCUGAGCUACAACAACGUCUCCUCCCUGAAGAUGCUCGUGGCCAGGGACAACUGGGUGCUGUCCUCAGAGAUCAGCCAGGUCCGCCUGUACACUCUAGAGGAGGACAAGUUCCUCUCCUUCCACAUGGAGAUGCUGGUGCACGUGGACGCUGCCCAGGCCUUCCUGCUGCUCUCAGACCUCCGUCGGAGGCCCGAAUGGGACAAGCACUACCGGAGCGUGGAGCUAGUGCAGCAGGUGGACGAGGAUGAUGCCAUCUACCACAUCAUCAGCCCUGCCCUCGGUGGUGACCCCAAGCCCCAGGAUUUUGUGAUCCUGGCCUCUCGGCGGAAGCCUUGUGACAACAGGGACCCCUAUGUCAUUGCGAUGAGGUCAGUUACGCUGCCCACGCACCUUGAGACCUCGGAGUACAGGCGUGGGGAGACCAUCUGCUCAGGCUUCUGCUUCUGGCACGAGGGGGACCAGUUGACCAAGGUGUCCUACUAUAACCAGGCCACCCCAGGCUUUCUCAAGUACGUGACCACCAAUGUGACUGGCCUCUCCUCUGAGUUCUACACCACCUUCAAGGCUUGUGAGCAGUUCCUCUUGGACAACCGGAACGAUCUGGCCCCCAGCCUCCAGACCCUCUAGGCAUCUUCAGUGGCCACCUCACGCCCAACUCCCACUCCAUCCUGCCCUGAGGACACACACGCAGUGCACUGAGGAAGGCAGAGGCAUUUAUUCCU